AUGGUCACCACUUCGCGCUCACACUGUUCCGCGCUCUUGCCGCUGCGGCGAGAAAGACCCCCGCGGCUAGGGCCCACCACGCCGUGUUCCGCCCCCUACACCGGUCUUGAGAAGGACCUUUCUCUUUCCAUGACGGGCAGACCAGUUGCGACCAGUACGGUUUUUCUUCCAGGGAAAAACGUUCCAGACGGGGCUCCAGGUGGGUUUUCUCCGCGCCGCCGAAGUCCCGGGGUUGGUAUACCCCCAACGGCCACCUUUUUGCCGGCUUACCCCGCCGUGCGGGCCUUGAAGGCGGCCUGCGCCGCGAGCCUAACGUCGCUGCAUAAUGAGACAGCCAACAUCUGGAGCCAUCUGGUGCCCGCCCUCGUCGCCCUGGCUGGGAACUACCUCGUCUGGGCCUAUUUCGACACGAGGUUCCCCGGCGCGUCAUGGCCCGACAGAGCCAUCUUCCACGUCUUUCUGACGGGCAGUGUCCUUUGUUUCGGCGUCUCCGCCGCGUACCAUGCCAUGUUGUGCCACUCGCAGGCCAUGCAUGAUUUGUGGUUGCGCAUGGAUUAUCUGGCGAUAGUCGUGCAGAUCCUGGGAAGUUUCCUUUCCGGCAUCUACAUGGGCUUCUACUGCGAAACCCGUCUGAGAGGCGUGUACUGGACCAUGAUUGGCAUCCUGAGCCUCUUGACUUGCAUUGUGGUGCUUCAUCCACGCCUGCAGAGCAAGGAGCACCGCAUCCUCCGCCUCGGCACAUUUGUCGCGACAGGCCUGUCGGGGUUCGCGCCCAUCAUACACGCUGCCACCAUGUUUCCAUACGCGCAGCUGGACAAGCAGGCAGGCAUUCGCUAUUAUUAUCUUGAAGGUGUCUUCCUCCUUAUCGGCGCCUAUGCCUAUGCUAUUCAUUAUCCAGAAAAGUGGCACCCUGUCAAGUUUGACAUCUGGGGCGCUUCUCACCAAAUCUUCCACUGUUCUGUGGUUCUUGCUGCAGUGGCUCACUUUUACGGCCUCUGGUCCGCUUACACUUAUAAUUACGCCAACCCGCGGUGUUCAUGA